ACCAGUGAAGCUUUAUUUAUAAACAAAAAUUGUGUGUUAAUAAUAUCAUUCAAUGUCAAUAACAAUUAAUUUCGAUUUUAUGCUACAAAUAUAAUUGUGUCAUUAGAAAUUGCUAUGAUAUAAUUCUUUAUUGUCAUCGUAAUGUGAAAGCGCACGUGAUAAUUAAUGGAGACAGGAUGUUAUGUAAAAAUGCGGUAGGAAGUAUCCUAUAAUUAACUUUCUACGUGUAUGGUGUUAUUAAUAAGUGCCAGCAAACAGUCAAUGUAGUGAUUGUGUGCAAAUUUAAGUAUGGGAAGAAGAAACCUCAGUAUGAUGCGUCUAGGCAGAUGCGUCGCCUUCUUGGCUGCAGCGGCGUUCCUAUUGCCUUUCACAAUACUGUUGAUGGUUGCCGAUCAACAGUAUCAUCUAACUUACAACUCCAAGCGUGUAUUCUAUCAAGAGAGCGACUUCUAUAAAAUAAACGGGACGUAUUAUGCGCCCACAUUCGUGAUAACAACACCUACAUUAUCACGGACUCAGUAUUUAUACGAGAAUGGUACACAUGACGAGGGACUGCUUACAAGGGACAAGUUCAUGGAGGUCAACUCCAGAAUGGAUGCCAGACGUGAGUUCCUCAGGAGCGAGUGUUCUAGACUCAGACUGGAUAGCUCAAGCCAUAAAGCAUACGCCUGGGAAUAUCUUAUCAACAGACAAUACCAUGUGAUAUGGUGCAACAUCUUCAAAGCAGCUUCAACAUCAUGGAUGUACAACUUCAAUUUGAUGGCAAAUUACACGGCUGCCUUCCUCGAUAAAACGAAAGAAGUGCCUCUAGAGCUUGCUAGAAGGAAAUAUGCCAGGCCAACGGUGGAAAUGAUAAAGAAAGCCCAACAAGAUUCAAUAUCAUUCCUUAUUGUCAGACAUCCCCUAGAGAGAUUAGCUUCUGCAUACAACGAUAAAAUUGUUCAUGCGUGGCCCAAGUCUUUUCACGACAAAAUGGGGCAGAGAAUAAUAAAAAAAUAUAGGAAGCUAUUGGCAAAUGUACAACCGGUGCCGACAGAAAGAUAUCCGGUAUUUGAAGAGUUUGUUGCAUACGUUUUGGACGAGAGGAAAGCCAAGCGGGCACUAGAUAUGCAUUGGACACCGUACACAGAUUUCUGUACACCUUGCAAGUUUAACUUCGACGUUAUUAUAAAAUUCGAGACAUUGGACGAGGACCAAAGAUUCCUGAUCCAGCUAGCUCGUCUGCAAGACGUUGUGAAGCCAGAAUGGCGUAACAGCGGCAAAGGCGCUAACACAUUACACAAUAUUAGCCAUCUGUACUCGCGGCUGAAGAAAUCUCAACUUGACGGCCUCUAUAAACUGUACAGGUACGACUUCCAGCUCUUCAAUUACACAAUAGACAGUUAUUAUGAAAUAGUACAAGAGGACGAGACGAGUAAUCACGGAUGAGCUUCCUAUCAAAAUGUGAACGCUUCAUCAUUACGCUGUUCAUCGCGCAUAGACACAAUAACAAUAGUCAUCGAAACUCGAUAACGGAAGAGAAAUAAUUCAUCAAUGGCUAGAA